AGCGUGUAUCAAAUUCAAAACCCAAGGCCAAGACUAGCUAUACGCUGGAGCCUAGGCGCUCUUCUCGUGCACGUAACCCCGUUCCUUCAUACCGUGAUGAUGUAAGUAUAAUUUCCUUUUUCAGCUGUAAAUGGGAGUGAAUUUGUACUAACAAUAAUAAUGAAUGGUUUUUGUUGAUAUAUCUUUGUUUGUUGGAUUUUGGGGCAUUGCUCACUACUGUCACAUGAGCAGAUAACUUGUUUUCAAUUUUCAAUUUUCAAUACAGGUGGAUAUAGACCUUCCAUCUUUGCGGAAGAGGUCAAGGUCGACUUCAUCCUCUUGGACAAGCUACAUUGCAAGGCCAUUGGAUGAAAUCAAGACUGCUUCUUAUGAAGACAGGGUUCGGGCUCUUAAAGUUGCAGAGGAACUCCAAAAUAGUUUGCAAUCUGGAAAUCCAUCUUUUGUCAAAUCAAUGGUUAGAUCUCAUGUUUACAGCUGUUUUUGGCUGGGGCUGCCUUCCAAAUUCUGUGAGGACUAUCUUUCAAAAGCACAAGUGGAUAUGGUGUUAGAGGAUGAAAAUGGAGCAGAAUUUGGUGCUGUCUACAUUGGAAAAAGAGCAGGGCUCAGUGGUGGCUGGAGAGCUUUUGCACUUCAUCACAAGUUGGAUGACGGUGAUGCACUGGUUUUUGAAUUGGUUGAUCCAGCAAGAUUUAAAAUUUACAUAAUCAGGGCAUCGUCAAUUUCUUCAAGUCAGGAACAUGAAGCUCCAAGUUGUGUGACUGUGAAAAAGAAAACAAGGGUAAAGAUGAAGCUUGAAUCAGAAUCAAAGCAGCUGCAAGUUGUUUCCAAGGAGAAGAAUGAUUUAGCCGGUCCUCGGCAACAAAAUGCUUUGGAUGGUGAAGCCAAAUCACAAAACAAGAAACACAAAUCAACUGAUGCUACCAACUCCAACAAGGAGGAACUACCCAAGGCUGAGAGAAAGCUUAGAAGAAGAAUGUGAGGCACUGUUUCUGUUGCUAACAGAAACAAAGGAAAAAUGCGAUAAAGUUUUGUUACUUCUUGGUUUUUGGUUUUGGCCGAAGAAAAGAGCAAUUGCAAGGUCAAUUAGCAUCCAAAGUCUUCUCAUCUUCGAUUCUAAGCAUAUUAGCGUUUGAGAGCAUCAAUACAAAUACAGGACCAGGGUUUUAUAAUUGAAUGCAGAAAUCAAUCUAGAAACCCAUCUAUGACUUAACUUUAAACAACCAAUGGUACGUGAGUCAUAAAAGAUGUUCGAGAAU